UGUUGGCGCGCAAAAGUUGCCGAAAACUGCUGUGAAAUAAUUUAUUUUAAAAGUAGCUAGGUUUAUACAAUCUGAACAUGGCCAAUCGCUUGGAAUGUCCCUACGAGAAUCUGAGCAGUGCCUAUUUGCUGCAGUCCAGUGAUUAUCAGAAGCAGUUCUGUCAUUUAUAUGCACAUCGCUUGGCGGAAAUGACGCGUCUGUUGAAGCCGCUGGCACAAUCCAAAUGGGGCAAUGAGAAGCCCAUAAUGAAGCUAUGCGAGUUGCGUGGCGAGCAGGACGUGCACUGCAUUCUUAUUGGCACCAUCUACAAGCAUCAGGCACACAAGCCCAGCAUUCUGCGUGAUAUAUCCGAGGAGAAUCAAUUGGCACCACAGCCACAGCGUCAGAAUUAUGCGGAGCCCGGGGAUAAGGUCAUACUGGAGGAUGAGUUGCAGCGUGUGCGACUGCAGUGCGCGCAGAUCGAGGGACUUAAUCUGGCCACGGGCAUCGUGUGUGCCGUUAAAGGCGGCACCGACUCCGAAGGUUUUUUCAAUGUGGAGGAUGUGCUCUUCUUCGAGAGUGGACCCCAAAAACAGCUUGCCGUGCGCACAUCCAACACCAAGUUGGUGCUAGUUUCUGGUCUGGACCAGCUGCAGGCUCACAACUACGUGGAUGCCUUGAACAUGUUCCAAUAUUGGUUGAGUGGCAGCUUUGGAAACUCAACUGAGGCCAAGUCCACGGUGCGUCUAAUUGUGGCCGGGAAUUCAGUGCGCAGCACGGCUGUUGCACAAGUGCCCACGUUGCAGGUGGCACGCAGCCAGGCCAAUGCCAAUGACACUGUGCAGGCGGUCAGCCAACUGGACAGCUGGUUUGCCGCUUGGGCACAAGCACUGCACGUUGAUGUCAUGCCCGGAGCCUAUGAUCCGGCAAAUUUUAUGCUGCCACAGCAGCCAUUUCACAAGUGCAUGUUCCCGCAGGCCUCGCGUCUGUCAUCCUUUCAAGCUGUAUCCAAUCCCUACAGUUGUAGGUUGAAUAGCGCCUUGGUUGUGGGGACUGCUGGUCAAAAUACGGCAGAUCUGCUGCGGAGUACAUCGCUGGAGACGUCUUUGGAAGCACUACGCUGUACGCUCACCUGGGGACACAUUGCACCAACAGCACCGGAUACACUGGCCUGUUAUCCUUACAUCGACAGCGAUCCCUUCAUUUUGAAGGAGUGUCCACACGUGUAUUUCGCCGGUAACUGCGAGUCCUUCGAAACCGAGCUGCACGUUGGCUCCGGAGGCAAAAGGACGCGUCUGGUGUGCGUGCCUAGCUUCAGCAAGACGCACAGUGUGGCGCUAAUCGAUCUGGAAACACUCGACUGUCGGCAGAUUAAGUUUAGCGUAGAGUCUGAAUAGUUACAAACAUUGUUGGUCUUAUAAUAAAGCAUAAAUUGUUUUACAUU